CCUUCUCUUCCGCGUGGUCUCCUGCUUUUGGCCCCCAAGUUUUAGAACGUUACCUGCUCGUCUUCUGCGGGUCCUCUGUUCUCCCCACCCGCUUCCCAACCCCUCUCUUCUCUAUUGCAAUCACCAAACCAAACAAUAUUUUCCCCUCAAAAGAAUCUCACCAAACGCCUCUCCUCCUGCAAUGCCCAUCACCUCUCCUUCUCCCCUCUCCCUUCUCCCCCUUCUCUUCCUCUCCUUCGUUUCAGGUAAUAAAACCAAAACUCUCGCGUCCCCUGCUCUCCACCACUCUGUUUCCCCUGUUUCUAAGUUCCUAAAGCUCCUGUCUUUAUAUUGUUGUUCCUGUUUUCUAGGCGUUGCGUCGACGACGUUCACCGUGACCAACAACUGCGCUUACACGGUGUGGCCCGGCAUCCUCGCGAGCGGCGGCUCGUCGCCGCUGUCCUCCACCGGCUUCGCGCUGUCUCCGGGUGAGUCCCACUCCCUCGAGGCCCCUUCUUCCCCCUGGUCCGGCCGCCUCUGGGCCCGCACUCUCUGCUCCGCCGACCCCUCCUCCGGCCACUUCUCCUGCGCCACCGGCGACUGCGGCUCCGGCACCGUCGAGUGCUCCGGCAGCGGCGCCGCCCCACCCGCCACCCUUGCGGAGUUCACCCUCUGCGGCGCCGGCGGGCUCGACUUCUUCGACGUCAGCCUCGUCGACGGCUACAACCUCCCAAUCCUCGUAGCCCCCCAGACCUCGGGGUCCACCGCCGGCAAGUGCGGGCCCACCGGGUGCCUAGUGGACCUCAACGGGCUGUGCCCGUCCGAUCUUAAGGUAACGGUCAAUGGCGAGGGCGUGGCGUGCCGGAGCGCGUGCGAGGCGUUCGGAUCGCCGAGGUAUUGCUGCAGCGGCGAUUUCGGGAGCCCCAGCACGUGCGGGCCGACGUCGUACUCCCAGUUCUUCAAGAAUGCGUGCCCCCGGGCGUACAGCUACGCCUACGACGACGCCACCUCCACCUUCACCUGCGCCACCGCCACAACCCCCGGCUAUAUCAUCACCUUUUGCCCCAGCACCACCAGCCUGAAGUCGGCUGGGAAUCCGGCGGCGGCGGGCGUGCCGCUGAUCAACGACACGAUGCUGUUCAUGGGCGGUGCGAAGGUGGUUAGCCAUGCCGCGCCGACGGCGACGUGCCCACCAUCCUUCUCGCUGCUUGUUUUGGUGCUGUGUUGGCCUUUGCUACGGCUUAUUUAGAGCUCUUUCACUCAAUUGGCGAGCCCCUCCAUGUGCCUUCCUUCAUCCGAGAUCCACACCACUGCCGACUUCUUUGUUCGUGGAUAGAGGAGGGGAAAAAACAAGUACAUGUUUCAUAGAGAAACGUUGCAGAUUCUUAAGAGUUGAGGACUGAUAGCUCUGUUUUUCCCUUUUUCUUUUCUUUUUUUUUUGUUACACCCUUUUUGGGCAGAUUCACCCUCUUGGUAUUUCCCAACAGACAGUACAUUGGACCUCGGACAGAUAAAAGAGAGGGUAGCUUUAAUUUAUUCAAAGCAGGUUUGGUGGUUUAUAGUACUGUGUACAGGGCAGUUCUGCCACGUCUUGUCGGAUUCUCCCAGAAGUGAACGUUGGAACUUUUUAAAUUUGUUUCUUCUUCUAGGAUUAUAACGGAUGAGCCAUGUAAACAGCUGAAUUUGACGGCUGGUCCAGGCUUUUCUGUUGCAGUUUACUUGCGCCUCUCUGGGCUUUUAAAUAUUUGAAUAAAUUGGAUUGCUUUCAUCAAAAAGAAUUUUUAAAAAAAUAGGGUUGCGCUUGUGAUUGAUUG